AUGAAACUGUUAUUGGCAAUACUAUUACUUAGUGUUUUUACAUUAGCUGAAGAUGAAUUCAGUAUUGAAGAAGACUUUGACUUAGAAAAUGAUGACCUUGAUGAAUUAGAUUUUGGAGAUGAUGAUGAAUAUGAAUUAGAAGACGAAUUAGAAGAGGAUGAUGAUGAGUUGGAAGAUGAAGACCUUGAUGAAGGAGAUGAAAAUGAAGAAGAAGGUGAUAGUGAAUUUGAUUUGGAGGACGAUGAUGACGAAGAACGAAGAAGACGUAGAAGAAGAAGAAGGUCAUGGAGAAAAUGGUUUAGAAGACAUCACAGGAGACCACGUAGACAUUACCGUAGAAGAAGUCAUAGAAAACAUUUUAAGAAAAAUAACAGAAAGCAUAGAACAAGAAAUAACAGAAGACACAAAAGAAGAAACACUAGAAGAAAGGUAAAUAGAAGAAGAGUAGGUAAAAAAUCAAAUAUUAAAAGAAGAGCUAAUAGAAGAAUUAAAAAGAGAGUAAAUAAUAGAAGAAGACCAAAUAGAAGAUAUAGCACAAAGAAAGCACAAAGAAAAGCAAGAUCUUUAUUAAGAAGAGUCAAAAGAAUUCUUAAAAAAAAAAUUAGCCCAAAACAAAAAAGACAAGCUAGAAAAGCACUUAAACAAUUAAAAAAAGUAAUCAAAGGAAAAGUUUCACCAAAGAGAGCUUUUAGACAAAUUAAAAAAAUUAAGAGAUCUGAAAAGAAAGUUGAAAGAAAGAUAAGAAAGAAUACUUAUAAAGCAUCAACUUCAUCUACAACUUCAAAGAAGUGUAGUUGUUAUAAAGUAAAAGCACUCAAAUUAAAAUUAAAAAAAUUGAGUAAAAAGAUGUGUGACUUAAAGGCAAAAAUCUCAGUUGCUAAGAACGAAAUUAAACACCAAAAAUCUAAAAGACACCAUUACGUUAAAAAAGCAGAAAAACAAAUCGCCAAAUUACAAAAGAAAGUUGGUUCAGUUGCCAAAAAAAUAGCAACCGCUAAAGUUACUAAACAAAUGAAUAAAAAGAAAGCAAAAACCGUUGCUAAAAAAUCUGAAAAGAAAGUAGUAAAAAUUUUAAAGAAGAAGUAA